CGCCUCCCCGCGAGCCCAGCUUGAUGUGCCGGUCCAACAACUACCCCAUUGGGUUCUACUGCAGUUGGCACCUGCCCAGCCCAACCUACAUUCCCGACACCUUUAACAUCACCGUCAUACAUGACGCCCAGGAGAUCGUGUGCGAGAAGGAGCCCGUGCCCAAGAACAGGUGCUACAUCCGCUACCCCCACCUCUUCUCCACCAAGAAGUACAAGGUGAUCUUGACCGUCACGAACGCCCUGGGCAGCAGCUCCACCACCAUCUCCUUCGAUGAAUUCGCAAUCGUAAAACCGGAUCCCCCAGAAAAUGUGGUCGCAAAGCCGAUCUCCAACAAUGCCCGGAGACUGCUGGUGACCUGGCAGUACCCGUCCUCCUGGCCGGAUCCGGACUCCUUUCCCCUCAAAUUCUUCCUGAGGUACCGGCCGCUCAUCAUCGACCAGUGGCAGCACGUGGAGCUGUCUGAUGGGACCUCCCACAUCAUCACCGAUGCCUAUGCUGGGAAAGAGUACAUCAUCCAGGUUGCUGCCAAGGACAAUGAGAUUGGCACGUGGAGCGACUGGAGCGUGGCCGUCCACGCCACCCCCUGGACCGAAGAGCCGAAGCAUCUCACCACUGAAGCCCAGGGAGCAGAUACAAUGGUGGACAUUCCAGAGGGCCACAUUUUUUCUCCAACAGACUCCCCUCUGCGAUCUGUGCCUGCUUCUACCACCAAGUCUCCUGUGCUUGUCCAUCAGCACAGCCUCCACAAUCACAUCAUGGGGUACUUUAGGGUUUACCAGGAAAGAAUGGAGAUGAACUUGAGACACCUCAAUGCCCAGCUCGGGACUUUGCAGAAAACCAUCUCCAACAUCUCCAAGAGGCUUGACCACCUGGAAGGACUCAAGGAGAACCUGCCUCCACACAGCAAGGAUAUCAAAGACGAUCCCACACCACCCCUGUGACCCUUUACUCCUUCCCUUCUCCUCCCACCCAUUCCAGUCCAACCCUCCACCUUGCCUCUGCCUAGAAGGAGAGCCCUGCUGGAUUUCACAAAGCCCUUGAGAUCCAUCCUGGCCAGCCACAGACUCUGAGAAGAGCACAAGCAAUGCUUAUGGCUCAUCCAAUCUUCCUCCCCUCUCUGCUUCCCCACACCUGCUAUCCCUACCACAAGGCAUCGUUGGUUCAAACCCAAAGAGAGUUCCAUCCUCCACAAAUUUAAGAGGAAUGUCACAAUCUUCAUUCCAUUUGUAUGAAAAUUCCAUAAACAGAUGAAAAUAAAUGCACGAGUUCUCUACACA